GGAAAACUUUUUCUCCUCCCCCCUUCUUAUUUUCCCCCUAGGGGCAACUGCUUUUUUUCUGCUGCAGGGAGUGUAAGGGUUUUUGUGGGGUUUUUUUCCUCCCCCUCCACCCUCAUUCAACUCUAUCUGUCUAGUGUGGAGAAAACCCCUCUAGCCAGUAUGUGAGCAGGAGGGUCAAAGGCAAAGGGAAAGUUAAUAAUGCCUGCUAAUGGUACUAACAAUUCAGGAUGAAUCUUGUCAAAAGUUUUUCUGAAAGUGUGGGUCUUUGAUUGUGUGUUUCCUGACAGCAAGACCAAUCAUUUCCGUUUAUUCACUGGCUAAACCCCUACUUGAUUGGGGACAAGGACAGAAACCAUCCAUUACGAUCUGAUAUAUUAUCCAAACAAUUUAGUGUAUUCAUGAGGUAACCGAAACGUGGGGGCUGCGAAAUUACCCGUAAUCAAUUGCAACGGCGAGUGUGCGUCCCCCCGGGUGUCGGACAACUAGACUCGCCGUCUCAGUAACAGGCGGGAGCCGCAGCAUUUCGGAGUUGCGCUGCUAGCUACCUGAUCGCCAGGCUGGGGACACUGGACGUGCUCAGAGGACGCGGGCGCUGACGAGGCGGCCUCGCCGCUGCUCCACCGGGAUCCUGGACCAGACCCGCCGUCUCUCGGCGAGCGCGCCACUCGCCGGUCGCCGCUGACCCGCCCGCGGCCGCCGCAGCCGCCCCGCGGGGACAUUCAUUCUUGCAGCUUGCCUCUCGGGCCAGGCGUAGGGACUGCAUUGUAGGGGUUUUAUCCCCCCUCUGCCUCUUUUUUUUCCCUUCUUUCUCGUUUUUUUCUUUUUUGGUUGCUCUUGCUUCUCCUAUGUUCGGGAAACCAGACAAAAUGGACGUUCGGUGCCACUCGGACGCAGAGGCUGCCCGGGUCUCGAAGAACGCGCACAAGGAGAGCCGGGAGAGCAAGGGCGCGGAGGGCAACCUCCCUGCCGCCUUCCUCAAGGAGCCGCAGGGCGCCUUCUCGGCGUCGGGCGCCGCGGAAGAUUGUAACAAAAGUAAAUCCAAUUCCACUGCCGAUCCCGAUUACUGCCGCCGGAUCCUGGUUCGAGAUGCCAAGGGUUCCAUCCGAGAGAUCAUCCUGCCCAAAGGCCUGGACCUGGACCGGCCCAAGAGGACGCGUACGUCCUUCACGGCGGAGCAGCUCUAUCGGCUGGAGAUGGAGUUCCAGCGCUGCCAGUAUGUGGUGGGCCGCGAGAGGACGGAGCUCGCCAGGCAGCUCAACCUCUCCGAGACCCAGGUGAAGGUCUGGUUCCAGAACCGGCGCACGAAGCAGAAGAAGGACCAGGGCAAGGACUCGGAGCUGCGCUCGGUGGUAUCAGAGACGGCGGCCACGUGCAGCGUGCUUCGGCUGCUGGAGCAGGGCCGCCUGCUGUCGCCGCCCGGCCUGCCUGCGCUGCUGCCGCCAUGCGCCACGGGCGCUCUUGGCUCGGCGCUACGCGGGCCCAGCCUGCCGGCCCUGGGCGCGGGUGCCGCCGCGGGCUCGGCCGCCGCCGCCGCCGCCGCCGCCCCGGGUUCGGCCGGCGCCGCGUCCCCGCACCCGCCGGCCGUGGGCGGCGCUCCGGGUCCCGGUCCCGCCGGGCCAGGGGGACUGCACACGGGCGCGCCGGCCGCUGGCCACGGCCUCUUCAGCCUGCCCGUGCCCUCGCUGCUCAGCUCCGUUGCCAGCCGCCUCUCCACCGCCCCGUUGACAAUGGCCGGUUCUCUCGCCGGGAAUUUGCAAGAACUCUCCGCCCGAUACCUGAGCUCCUCGGCCUUCGAGCCUUACUCCCGGACCAACAAUAAAGAAGGAGCCGAGAAAAAAGCGCUGGACUGAUUUUAAGUGUUUCCCUGUAUUUAUAUUUAUAGUAUCUAUUGUGGUGAUAUUUAUGGACUCACGCGCGUUAGGCGCCCGGGGCUCCGUUGCUGGGCUCCCGGCUCCCACGAGGCCUCUGACAGCUCUCCUUCCCCACCAGGCUCUGCUACCAAUAUUAUCUCAUUUGGGCUAUUUUUUUUCUCUUUCCUCCGUGUCCCCCCUUCCCCCUUCCUUAAUCCAGGAAAAUCCAAAGAAUUGGGGAAAACGCCCGAGUUAGUCAACCUGAUGCCCGGCCCUGGAAGGGAAAGACUGGUUCUAAGUCCAAAGCACAGGACACCUGCUCUAGAUGGGGCCGCUGCUGCCGCUGAUUAUUCUCAUGAAUAUUUGAAAGAAGAAAGCUGCGCACAGACCCCAGCGGCUGAAAAGGCUGGCAGGUUUCGUUAGACCAAAAAAAGAGGACUUUCCUUUCUGUCGCCAGAGAAACCAGGGCUUUGGGGAGCCCCUUGGCCCCACUUUGCGGACCUCUUGGGAGAGCCGCUGCACACGCAGCUUUCUGGCUGGACAAAUCCUAACGAGUUUUCUCCCCUUUAGGGAAACUCCAAUCACAGCCACUGCCGACCCCAGGAGACAAUGAACCAAACAUCAAGGUAGGCAACGGUGGUAAUAAAUUUGAUCUAAUCAGCAAUAAAACAAGAGUAGUAAGUACAUAAAACCAAAUGAAGUGGAACUAGUUUUUAAGUACUCAUAACAAUGGAGUUUGGAAGGCGUAAGAAAGGAUAAGAGAAUGUGCCGCAGGGCAAUGCAAAAUUAAAGUUCUGGAUGAUACGACGUUAAACAGGAAUUUAAAAGUGAAAAGCAAAAGAAAAGCCAACGCUGCUAAUGAGAGAAAAUUCAGAAUCUUUUCUCCGAGGCUGUUGGGGCGGUAGCCGACAGCUUCACGCUUCUCCAGGAGAGAAAGCAGUGCGGGUUCCGGCAUGUCUCCCCACCGUCUCCCCGACGCGUGGCUCCGGGUAGAAUUGCUGGGUUUGGAAACAAAUCAGUGCCCACUGCCUCCUCUCCCCUAUUCCUGGAUUAGCAAAACCCUUCCAGCACGCAGGAAACGCCCGGAUUUCAGAGCAGCUCUUGGCAGACCGGGAGGCAGGGACGCAGCCGGGGACUUCGGGGCGGCCCGGCCUCCUCGAUCGGUGGUCUCCGUAUCCAGAUCAGCUCCUUGCGUGGAUAGGAAAGGCAUCUCUCCCUAUCCCUCCCUCUAAGAAAAACAACCCACCCAGGGUUUCCAUGGUCCCAAGUCAGAAACCCGGACCGCGACGCCAUCCGGGCCUCACCCUUUACCGCCGCAACAACCGUCCCCCAUUGCCACCGCCACCCGCGUUUUAACCAAAACCACAGACCCAGACGGCGAGAUGCCGCAGUGUCUAGAAUGUAUUCCUCCGUCCGAAGCGAGCGCAGAGCAUUUUAAAAAUAGUAAUUUUAUUGUAAAUUAUUUACGUCGGAAGCU